GUGAUAAAAGUUUAUUGAUACGAUACAAAACCAUUCCUGUUCCUUUAGUUUUAUCAGAACACAACCGAAAAUGAAUAGCAAUUUUCAAAGGCAAAUAGAGCAUCUAAAAUACAAACUGGCAUCCGGACAUCGAUACCACCGUUUGGAUUCUAGAAUUAAUAUCAACAAACGUAAGUUGCUACUCGUUUCAGGGCUAGCAGCAAUCGUUACAAUUGCUGUAGUACUGGGGCUAUAUUUUGGCCUGAAAAGUCGUAAGGAGGAGGCUUCACGAAUUUUUGCUGGAGGUGCGGUAACAUCAAAUGGAGUAGAAUGUGCCCAGAUUGGAGCGGAUAUUCUACGACAGAAUGGAUCAGCCGUAGAUGCUGCUAUUGCAGUCCUAUUCUGCGAGGGAGUUACAUGCCCUCAAAGUGCGGGUCUUGGCGGUGGAUUUUUUCUAACGCUUUAUGACCGUAAUAGCGGAUCCAUUCAAACAUUGGACGCCCGAGAAACGGCACCAGCAGCUGCGACUAAGGAUAUGUAUCUUAAUAAAUCUCAUGCAGCAAUCGAGGGUGGUCUUGCUGUUGCUGUGCCAGGGGAACUCAAGGGCUAUUGGGUUGUUCAUCAGAAAUAUGGACGAUUGGACUGGAAGAUGUUAAUUCAACCAACUAUUGAUCUCUGCCGACGAGGCCAUCUGGUCACGGACUACUUAGCUCGUAUUCUAAAAGUGCGCCAAAAUCAGAUAAAUAGUAUUCCUUCCUUACGUGAAGUUUUUAUUAAUCCAAAUACUAGUGAAACUUGGCGCACUGGUGAUCGUAUUAAGCGUUUGGCAUUAGCGGACAGUUUAGAGGUAAUUGCAAAGGAAGGUGCUGAUGCCAUUUAUAGUCGCAAUGGAACAUUAUUGCCAAAACUAAUGCAAGAUCUCAAGGAAUUUGGAAGUAUUCUUACGGAGCAAGACUUUUACGAUUAUGAAGUUCGCUGGUUACCACCGGCACACACAAAACUGAACGACGGCCACUCAGUUUAUUCAAUGCCCCUACCAGGUAGCGGCCAUGUGUUGAAUUAUAUGCUAAAUAUACUAGACGGAUAUAACAACUUAGAUGCUAAUGAUCCACUGACAUGGCAUAGAAUAGUUGAAAGCUUCAAAAAUGGCUAUGGGUUGCGAACAAAACUUGGUGAUCCCCCUUUUGUACCGGGCAUAGAAGAAUCUUUACGAAAGUUGACAAACAAAAACUAUGCGGCAUUUAUCCGCGAUGGAAUCUUGGAUAAUACUACUUUUUCCAGCUUCGAACAUUACGGCGCAGAAUUUGCGAACGAAGAAGACUACGGAACGGCCCAUGUGUCAAUAUUGGCGCCUAAUGGCGAUGCUGUAGCGGCAACUAGUACAAUUAACUACGUAAAUCCUCGGAGGAAAAAAUUAAUCGCUGCUGUCGUAGUUGCAUUACUACUAAUCAUCGCACUAACCGGAGGUCUGUGCUAUAGUCUGAAGCUACCCGAAGCGCAUCGUGGUCAACAUGUCGGCGCUGUGGUUGCGAACGGCCACGAAUGUGCUUCUAUUGGAGCAGAUAUACUACGUAGAGGAGGAUCAGCUGCCGAUUCCGCCAUCGCUACACUCUUCUGUGAAGGAGUAACCUGCCCACAAAGUAUGGGCAUUGGAGGCGGCUUCUUGUUAACCCUAUACGAUCACGAUAAUGGUCAGGCUGUAACACUAAAUGCUAGAGAAACUGCCCCUGCUGCAGCCUCAAAGGACAUGUUUGCUGUGGAGAAUAAUUCUAUACGAGACAAACGAGGUCUUGUUAUAGCGGUUCCAGGAGAACUCAAAGGUUAUUGGGAGCUGCAUCAACGCUAUGGAAAAUUAGAUUGGGCAACACUAGUUCAACCAACUAUUGACUUAUGCCGUAAAGGUCACAUGGUAACGGGUUACCUGGACAGAAUACUCCGAAAAACGCAGAAUGCGAUUUUGGCUGAACCGUCGCUUAGAGAAAUUUUUAUAAACCCAGAGAAUAAUAUGACAUGGAAAGAAGGUGAAUUUAUUAAGCGUUUGGCUUUAGCAGACAGCUUGGAGAUUAUCGCUCGUGAAGGAGUGCAUGCUUUAUAUAGUAAAAAUGGUACACUUUUACCGAAACUCAUGAACGAUCUGAAAGGUUUUGAUAGCAUCCUAACAGAAGACGACUUUUUCAACUACGAACCAAAAUGGGAACCGGCAUCAAAUUUGAAUAUUCGUGGUGGAAAUCAGGUGCAUUCUUUUCCCCUACCUGGAAGUGGUCCCUUAGUCAACUUCAUGCUCAAUAUUUUAGAUGGUUAUGAAGACUUGGAUAUUAAAAGCCCGCUUACGUGGCACCGAGUGGUUGAAAGCUUCAAAUUCGGUUAUGGACUACGAACCCGCACUGGCGAUCCAAAAUUUAUAAAUGGAUUCGGCGGUUUACUACAAAAUUUGACUAGUGAAAACUUUGCAGCUCUCGUUCGCAGUAAAAUCGUAGACAAUCAAACCUUUUCCGAGUACACGUACUAUGGUGCCGAAUUCGCUAGUAUAGAAGACCAGGGAACAGCACAUGUUUCGGUUUUGGCCCCUAAUGGCGAUGCGGUGUCCGCUACUGGUACCAUCAACUACCUACUAGGAGCCAAAAUUCGAUCCCGGUCCACUGGAAUUAUCCUUAACGAUGAAAUGGAUGAUUUUUCCUCACCUGGUGGUGCUAAUACUUACGGCCUACCACCGUCACCAACGAAUUAUAUCGUUCCAGGCAAGCGUCCUUUGUCAUCAAUGGCUCCAACAAUCGUGACAAACAAUCAAACUGGAGUACAGAUGGUUGUAGGUGGAGCGGGCGGGUCACGUAUAACAAGCGCCAUUGUAACACUACUCAUGCGAUAUUUCUUUUUCGGAGAAGAUCUUGACACUACCAUGUCAGCCAAACGGCUUCAUCAUCAACUGGCACCAAUGUUCGUGGACUACGAACCAGGCUUUGAUGAGAAAAUCUUGGAAGGAUUACGACAGCGAGGUCACAUUGUAAAGGAGAAAGGUCCAGACGCUGGGUUCGCUGCUGCGACUGCAAUUGCAAAGGACGCUUCGGACAAGGUGUCCGUUGCUUUUGAUCCGCGAAGAGGAGGCAGCGCUGAACUAGUUUUUUAAUUCAAAGACCAAUGAGUCUUUAAAACUUAGAAUUAAGACUAAGGCUAAUGAGUCUUUAUUGUAGAAUAAUCAAAAAAUCUCGUUGGAAAAAUACUUUAUUAGUAUUAGUACAGAAUGUAAAAUCAUUAUUCUAAAGAGAAAUGGCGAUGAAUGCUGUAGAUGAAUGAAUAUUUUGUCAAAAAUGCAGCAA